CUGGGAAUAAUACAUAAGCACAGGUAUACAUCUAUAUGUAUAUACAUAUAUAUACAUGUAUGUAAUCCUACCGUUAGAUGUGCGAUAAUUAUUAUCGUCGUAAGGUAGUCAACGUCGGAUUUAUUUUGCAUUGAAAGUGAAAGUUAAGUGUGCCGAAGAAAGAGAGAGAAAGGGUGAGAGGAGAGAGAGAAGAAAAGUAAAAAGUUGAUUGAUUUUUCAAUAGUAAAGAAUAUAACUGCAACACAGUUAAGUCUUUGAUAAUUUGAUGUCAUUGACAAAACGAGGAUUGCCCUUGAGUACGAUGUGCAUUAAUUAAGAAAACAAAAUAAACGUAUAGGCAAAAAGUGAAAACGAGAAAGAAAAAAGAAAGUUUUUAAUCUCCAUAGGGAAAUUAGAAGAGAAUAUAUUUUCUAAUUUCUAAUCUUGAUGGAAAAGAAUGACGAUAUCGUUCACAUGUUUUUAAAAACAUAAGACAUGGUUUGGAUGUAGUAUAUCCAAUAUAUUGGCAAGUAUGUUUAAUGCAGAGCCUGAAUCUGUUUCUGAGGGUUGGCAUACAUACGAAUUACCUAGCACAAUGAUUCCCAAUGCAAGUUCUGGGAUUGAUGACGAAGAUCAUUUUUGCAAGCUCAUAUUGUAUAAGGAGAUUAAGGAUUCCAGAGUUCGUAUAUGGGACGUUAUAAUACUAGUACCGAAUUUAUUAUUUCUUCUAUUUAUUGCUAUAAGAUUUAACAGAGCAAGGCUUAAGUUACGUGCAACGAGUAGUCCAAUAUUUUUAGCAUUUUAUGGACUUGUUAUUUGUAACGUCGUUAUCUCUGUAAUACGAUGUAUUGUAUCAAUGACAGUCAAUGCGGCAGCUACAGUUGGUGGUAAAGCAGACAAAGUGCUUUGGGUUACAGUUAGAUUUUUUUUACUAUCUACGGAGAUGAGCGUAGUAAUAUUUGGUUUAGCUUUUGGACAUUUGGAUAGUCGGUCGAGUAUUCGUAGAGUAUUACUCGCCACAUCUUUUAUCGCUUUAGCGUUUACUAUAACUCAAGGGACUUUAGAAUUAGUUUUACCAGACGACACAUUCCAUAUUCCAAGUAGAGACUUUUACGUGUUUGGUCAUGGUGGUAUGAUGUUUUGGUUUUGCAGCAGUCUUGUUUUUACUACGAUAUAUCUUUUUAUAUUGAUAUUACCAUGGACACGAUUAAGAGAACGUUUAGCACUUCCAACACGGAAAAGUUUUUACGUUUAUGCGGGCACGUUGGCUAUGAUGGAUUUAGUACAAUCAAUUGGUGCAGGUUUUUUAACUUACACGCAAAAUCCUGUUGGACUGUGCAUUGUAGAUUUUACCGCAGCAGUCUAUUUAACUCUAUUUACGCCAUUGGUAUACCACACUUUCCUAUCAGAAUUUCUUGGUGUCUCACAACCUUCAAUAAUGUUUUCUUACAAAGCACAAGUUGACGAUGCAAUGGAUGAAGACACUGUAUCGCUUCCUCAUCAACAGAGUUUCUCAUCGUUAAAAACUGACAGCGAUUACAUCUAUCAGGUCCAUACUCCGUCUAUUCACAUGCCCCUGUAUGAUCCUCAGGCAUCAAAUGCAUCUACUGCAAUGCAUAGGACUUCUCUGUACUCCUUAACAUCUGCGAAGGAUUCUAAAUAUAAUAAUACUACUAAUUCUUAUGACUCUCAAGUCGCAUUAAAUAGAUCACCUGGUAUUAAAAAUUUCGCUAGACGUUUUAGUGCAGAGAAACUUAUAAACGAUUUCGCACAUUAUCCUUUAACUAAAUCGGACAGUGUAAGUGAUAUUCAAAAGAGCUCGUUGGAUAUUAAAUUUUACAAACCAAUGUUAAAAAGUGAUUUAGCGUAUAAAAUUACAUUUGGCACAGCCAAGAGUGUCUCCAAUUUAAUAUCGUCCGCAAAUACUGCUAGUAAUUUUAUUUAUAAUCCACGUAUAAAUAGCAGUAAUUCGAAUCUUUUUUUUCCAAAUAAGAAAAUUCAUUCGGAAAAUGCUUUAACAGUUUUUACAUCCUAUAACAAAGAAUCAAUGAAUAGUGAUUUAUCAGUUAAAUAUAGAAAGAACGAAGAAACUGAUAAAAAUUCCAAAUCUUGUUCUGAAAAGUCUUUAAAUAUAUUAGAUUCUUCUAUUUUAAGGGAUGACAACAGAUCACAGAAUAUAUUAAAAAAUAAAGAUAGUUUAACUAAAAGCAGUAGUGAAGUUAGAUUGCAAAAAAAUAAAGAUUUAGAAUUUAUUCAAAGUCGUUCAGAAAAUCGAUUGCUCGAUAUUUCAGAAAUUCCAAAUGUUAGAAAAGAUCUAUUAUCCGAGACUGAGCCACUUUCAAAGGAACAUGUUUCUAACAAUAAGAUUAACUCUAAUCGUUCGAAAAAAAAGGAAUCUGCUGGCUUAAAUCAAUAUUUGUCAUCGUUAACGUCUACCAAAUUUGAGAAACCUAUUAAAGAACAAUCUAAAUCUUUAUACGUGCAGACGGAAUCUUUGUAAAUAAUCAAAUGUGUACUAACUUUAUAAUAUAUUAGGAUUUUAAUAUAUAAAUAUUUAGUCUGUAUAUAGUAGUUCAUAAUUUCAUGAUUAUAUAUAUAUAUAUACAUAUAUGCAGAGAGAUAAUUUUAUUGGUUUUAAUUAAUUUUGAUACUACAUUGGGAAUAUAGUUAAACAGGUUGAUUGAUUAUUUAAGUAUAAUUUUAAAAAUGAGAUAGCGAAUGCGUUCGCAAGUCUGUAUAUAUGUGUGCGGUUGUUAUGUGUAUGUGUGAGAGAUGUGCGCGUUGUGUGUA